AUGCGCUCACUUUUCUGGUUUGGCGCUUUUCUCAUCGCGAUUUUCGCUCAAUCCGGAGAGGAAGUUGAAAUCACUAUCAAAGGCUCUACAACUUGCAAUCGAAAGACAAUGGCAACGCAAAAAGUGAAGCUGUACAAAUGGGCUCGUGGUGGAUCAGAGACUUUGCCCACAGAAUUUUCAUCCGAUGAUUUGUUGGCCUCAACUGAGUCAGGCUCAAAUGGUGGUUUUGAAUUGAAAAUCGGGAAUAAUCGGACCGAAAACUACAUUCCAGUUCUUCGUUUCACUCACACUUGUAAUAUGAAACAAUGGUGUUUCCGGCGACAAGACGUUGUCCUCCCCAUCAAGGAUAAAGCUGAAUGGACCGACUUUGACAUGACUUUUGUGCCUCUUGAUUAUCAUGGCUAUGCUGCAAAAGAUAUCUGCAAUGAC